AUCAGGGGAGGGCUGGGCAGCGCCCCGCCCGGAAGCCGCUGAGGUGUAAGUGGGCGCCGAGCUGGCCGAAGUUUCAGUCAUGUUCCCGCCCGCAGCUAUGCGAGCUUUGCGAAAGAACAAGACCCUACGCUACGGAGUCCCCAUGUUGUUGCUGGUUGUUGGAGGUUCUUUUGGUCUCCGUGAGUUCUCACAAAUCCGCUAUGAUGCUGUGAAGAUUAAAGUUGAUCCUGAAUUGGAAAAAAAGCUGAAAAUGAAUAAAGUAUCUUUAGAGUCAGAAUACGAGAAAAUAAAGGACUCUGCUUUUGAAGACUGGAAGAAUAUUCGAGGCCCAAGGCCUUGGGAAGAUCCUGACCUACUUCAAGGACGAAAUCCAGAAAUCCUUAAGACUAAGACAACCUGACUAUGCUCAGGUUUUAAUAAAAAAUGUUACCAAUAAGACAUAUUGGUCCAGGACAUACAGGACAUAAAAUUCUACGUCUGUGGAAGGCUGGCUCAUUAUAAGUAAGUUGAUGGACGAUAAACUUGAUUUUACAAAAUCAAGUGUAUA